AUGGACACUCCCCAGCAAUGGGCAGACAAGUCAUCCGAAAAGGAGAAAGAAACUUUCGUUUCCCCACUCGGUUUCCAACUCCCUGUACAGGACUCGGACUACUCCUUUCCCUCGAAGCACCAGCUCCCCAGGUAUGAGCCUGAUGAACCACACACCGCUCUCCCCCCGAGUUAUAGCAAUAGCGAGAAACUGUUUGUCUACCCAACGCCAGCACCGAGUUCUGUCCCACCAAGCUCCGCCUUCUUCCCGAGCCCAGAACCGUCUACCACGAGCUCCGUUCCUUCCCCAACGACAGCGACGGCGCUGCUCCCCCCUGCCCCUAUCUCGCAGCAAGCACCGCACGCGCUACACAUCCCCAUCCCCAUCCCCUCCCGCUCCGUCUCCCCAGCACCAGAAUCAUCCCGCUCACUCAGCGCCAUCAUAGCAGAAAAGUACAGGCCUCCCACCACGCUCGCCCGCUCGCUCGACACGCCCGCCGCCUGGCUCGCUCUCUAUUUCGCGUUCAACCUCGGCUUGACGCUGUACAACAAAGGCGUGCUCGUCAAGUUCCCUUUUCCGUACACGCUUACCGCUGUCCACGCGCUCUGUGGAAGUAUCGGCUGCUGGAUCGCUCUAGAACUAGGGUACUUCAAGCCCCAGCCAUUGACCCGAGCGGAAACGCUCACCCUGGGCGCAUUCAGCAUCCUCUACACAGUCAACAUCGCCGUGUCCAACAUCUCCCUCCAGCUAGUAACAGUCCCAUUCCAUCAAGUCGUCCGCGCCGCAACUCCAUUAUUCACCAUCGCGCUGGCGGCAACGCUCCUCCCUUCGCGCGGCCCGCCAAGUCAGCUCAAGCUCCUCUCCCUCCUACCGGUCGUCGCAGGCGUAGGGUUCGCAACCUACGGAGACUACUACUUCACCACCUGGGGCCUGGUACUCACACUCCUAGGCACCUUCCUAGCAGCGUCCAAACUCUCCCCUCCCCUCUCCCUCUCCCUGUCGAGCUUCAGAGCACCCCAGCUUCACCCGCUUGACCUCUUGCUACGUAUGUCGCCCCUAGCCUUUGUCCAGUGUGUACUGUACGCCUACACAUCUGGAGAACUGGAACGAGUCCGUGUAUUCGGAGCGACGGAGAUGACCCGCCCACGCGCCCUUGCACUCCUAUUCAACGGGAUCAUAGCUUUCGGCUUAAACGUCGUCAGCUUCACAGCCAACAAACGCACUGGGCCUUUAACGAUGACAGUCGCUGCGAACGUUAAGCAAGUGCUGACGAUCGUUUUGGCGGUGCUGAUAUUUGAUCUGACUAUUACGCCUAUGAACCUUUUGGGGAUUGGACUGACGUUGGCGGGGGGGGGGUGGUAUGGCGCUAUUGAGUAUGGGGAGAAGAGGAGGAAGAGUAGGGGAUGA